AUGGAAAACAGGACAGAAGUGAGAUACUUCGUCCUGGUGGGACUCACCAAUGACCCAGACCUGCAGCUUCCCCUCUUCAUCACCUUUUUCCUGAUCUACACCAUCACCAUUAUUGGAAAUAUGGGGCUGAUCCUUUUGAUUCUUUCAGACUCUCGGCUUCACACCCCCAUGUACAUUUUCCUAGGUAAUCUGUCUUUAGUGGACUUCUGUUACUCUUCAACAGUAACUCCAAAUGUCAUAGCUGGAUUCCUUACAGGAGACAAGAUCAUGUCUUACAAUGCUUGUGCCUCUCAGAUGUUCUUUUUUGCAAACUUUGCUGAUGUGGAAAACUACCUUUUAGUCUCAAUGGCGUAUGAUCGUUAUGUAGCAGUAUGUAAGCCCCUACACUAUGCCACCACCAUGACGACACGUGUAUGUGUAUGUAUAGUCAUUGGCUGUUAUAUCUGUGGUUUCCUGAAUGCUUCCAUCUAUACUGUGAAUGCAUUCAGUCUCUCCUUCUGUGAAUCCAAUGUGGUCCACCAUUUUUUCUGUGAUGUUUUAGCAGUCAUGAUUGUAUCUUGCUCUGAUAGACACGUUAAUGAACUUACUUUUGUUUAUGUAGCCAGCUUCAAUAUAUUUUUUGCCCUUAUACUCAUCUUAAUAUCCUACAUGUUCAUUUUUACUAGCAUACUAAAGAUGCAUUCAGCUGCAGGAUAUCAAAAAGCUCUCUCCACAUUUGCUUCACACUUCACAGCUGUCUCCAUUUUCUAUGGGACAAUCAUAUUUAUGUACCUGCAGCCCAGCUCGAGUCAAUCUAUGGACACUGACAAAAUUGCAUCUGUGUUCUAUGUUAUGAUUAUCCCCAUGUUGAAUCCUCUGGUUUACAGCCUGAGGAACAGGGAUGUGAAAAGUGCUUUCACAAAGAUUAUAUUGAGGUCAAGAUGA